AUGGCAGAUGGGGAAAAGACCAGUGACACUACCCACAGUGACACUACCAACUGUGACACCACCCACAGUGACACUACCCACUGUUACACUACCCACAGUGACACCACCCACAUUGACACCGUCCACUAUGACACCACCCACUGUGACACUAACCACUGUGACACCACCCACAGUGACACCACCCACAGUGACACCACCCACAGUGACACUACCCACAGUGACACUACCUACAGUGACACCACCCACAGUGACACUACCCACAGUGACACCACCCACAGUGACACUACCUACUGUGACACCACCCACAGUGACACUACCCACUGUGACACGACCCACAGUGACACUACCCACAGUGACACCACCCACUGUGACACCACCCACUGUGACACUAACCACAGUGACACCACCCACAGUGACACCGCCCACUGUACUGUGACGCCACCACCUGUGACACCACCCACUGUACUGCGACACCAACCACUGUACUGUGACACCACCUCCUGUGACACCACCCACUGGGACACAACCCACUGGGACAUCACCCACAGUGAAACAACCCACAGUGACACUACCGACAGUGACACCACCUACAGUCACACCACCCACUGUGACACUACCCACUGUGACACAACCCACAGUGACACUACCCACUGUGACACAACCCACUGUGACACUACCCACUGUGACACUACCCACAGUGACACUACCCACAGUGACACCACCCACAGUGACACUACCCACUGUGACACCACCCAGAGUGACACUACCCACUGUGACACUACCCACAGUAACACCACCCACAGUGACAUCACCCACUGUGACACCACCCACUGUGACACUAACCACAGUGACACCACCCACAGUGACACCGCCCACUAUCACACGGUCGACAGCAUCCUUGAGAUGAGAUGUACAAGGCCAUCUGAUUGUCCAGAAGCAAGGAAGUUCGUGUGCUUCAACAAGACCUGCAAGUGUGUACCAGGGUACAGCUUCAACCCUGCCAGUAACAGCUGUGUCAGACGUUCAGACGGGAGACAGCAGAAGAAUGAGGUUGAGGAUGUAGAUGAGGGUGAAGGUGUAGAUGAGGGUGAGUGUGUAGAUGAGGGUGAGUGUGUAGAUGAGGUUAAGAGUGUAGAUGAGGGUGAAGGUGUAGAUGAGGUUGAGGGUGAAGGUGUAGAUGAGGAUGAGGGCGAUGGUGUAGAUGAGGGUGAAGGUGUAGAUGAAGGUGACGGUGUAGAUGAGGGUGACGGUGUAGACGAGGGUGAUGGUGUAGAUGAGGGUGAGGCUGUAGAUGAAGGUGAGGUUGUAGGUGAGGGUGAAGGUGUAGAUGAGGUUGAGGGUGUAGAUGAAGUUGAAGGUGUAGAUGAGGGUGAAGGUGUAGAUGAGGUUGAGGGUGUAGAUUAG